GAGGUGCAGUGAUAUCAGAAGGUUAGUAAACCCAGUUACAGCCAGAAUGUCCCUCAGGUGCGGUGAUAUCAGAAGGUUAGUAAACCUUGUUAUAGCCAGAAUGUCCCUCAGGCACGGUGAUAUCAGAAGGUUAGUAAACCUUGUUAUAGCCAGAAUGUCCCUCAGGUGCAGUGAUAUCAGAAGGUUAGUAAACCCAGUUAUAGCCAGAAUGUCCCUCAGGUGAAGUGAUAUCAGAAGGUUAGUAAACCCAGUUAUAGCCAGAAUGUCCCUCAGGUGCGGUGAUAUCAGAAGGUUAGUAAACCUUGUUAUAGCCAGAAUGUCUCUCAGGUGCGGUGAUAACAGAAGGUUAGUAAACCCUGUUAUAGCCAGAAUGUCUCUCAGGUGCGGUGAUAACAGAAGGUUAGUAAACCCUGUUAUAGCCAGAAUGUCCCUCAGGUGCAGUGAUAUCAGAAGGGGCGUUCAGAUUGCUCAAAAGUCCGAAAGCAGGACGUUGAAGAAGGAGUGUGCUGAAAUCCUUGAGUCAAUGAAGCAAUAUGCUGAAGCAGCCGUCUUGUAUGAAAAAGGGAAUUACUAUGAUAAGGCUGCAUCGUUGUACAUCAGGCUUAAAAACUGGAACAAGGUUGGAGAAUUACUGCCUAACGUCGUUUCCCCAAAGAUUCAUGCUCAGUACGCGAAGGCAAAGGAAGCUGAUGGCCGUUAUCAAGAGGCAGCAAAAGCAUACGAAGAUGCUAGAGAUUACGAAAAUGUCAUAAGGUACAAACUUGUCAAAAUUCUUACAUGUAUAUCCAACAAAGGUGGAUAUAUAUCAUUGUCUUCAAGUUG